GUCUUUCUUCACUCGUUUCCAACAAGCCCUCUCUCGUUAUCGCAGCAUCGCCGCUGCUUCUUCUUCUUCUUUCUCUCCUUCUCCAUUGUCUUCUUCUUAGCCAGCCAAUCCGUGGUAUAAUAUUCUCGACCCGAACUCGACCUCGUGAUUCAGCGCCCUUUCACUCUUUGCAGAGGCUCAUUCAUCCUUCUAUCCAUACCGCUUGCCUGUGCUCGUCCGCAGCGCCAAUUCAACCACAGCGUUUCCAUCCAUCCAUCAGCGAAUCGGUGACACCAUGAAGGGACUCGCUCUCCUCUCAGCCGUUGCCGGCCUCGGCGCCGUCAUGGCCACUCCCACGCCUUCCAAGAACGACCCUCCCUCCAAGAGGGCCUCGCUGCCCGCCGUCUCGGCCUCUGGAAAUGCAUUCUGGGCCGAUGGCAAGCGCUUCUAUCUGCGCGGCAUAGACUACCAGCCUGGUGGUGCUGCUGCCAACGAGGAUCCCCUCGCUGACCCCAAGACAUGCCUCCGAGACAUUAAGAACUUCAAGGACCUUGGAGUCAACACUAUUCGUGUUUACGCCGUCGACAACUCAAAGGAUCACGAUGAGUGCAUGAAUGCCCUCGCCGAUGCCGGCAUCUACCUGGUUUUGGACGUCAACAACCCGGGCUACUCCAUCAACCGCAAGACUCCCGAGCCGUCGUACAACACCAUGUAUCUUCAGAGCGUCUUUGCCACCGUUGAGAUGUUUGCCAAGUAUGACAACACGCUGGCCUUCUUCUCCGGCAACGAGGUCAUCAACGACGAGCCUGGAACCGAUAAGUCUGCUCCCUUCGUCAAGGCUGUCACGCGCGACAUGAAGAACUACAUGAACGAGCGAGGACUGCGCAAGGUCCCCGUUGGAUACUCCGCCGCCGACGUCUCCUCCAACCGCAUGCAGACGGCCAUGUACAUGAACUGCGGCAGCGACGACAUGCGCUCCGACUUCUUCGCCUUCAACGACUACUCCUGGUGCAACAGCGACUUCAAGACCUCCGGCUGGGACCAAAAGGUUAAGAACUUCACCGACUAUGGCAUUCCCAUCUUCCUGUCCGAGUGGGGCUGCAUCAAGAACCGUCCUCGCAAGUUUGAGGAACUGUCUGCCCUCAUGAGCUCCCAGAUGACCAGCGUCUACUCUGGCGGCAUCAUGUACGAGUACUCCAAGGAAGACAACGACUACGGAAUUGUCACUAUCGAUGGUGACUCCGUCUCCAAGUCGAACGAGUACAACCUCUUCAAGAGCGCCUUGGCCAAGAGCCCGACUCCCACCGGCUCUGGCGGUGCCGCCAGCUCCAGCCACGCUGCCAAGUGCCCGCCCAAGGACCCCAGCUGGAACGUCGACCCCAGCCUGGUUCCCGAGAUGCCCUCGGCUGCCAACAAGUACAUGAAGAAGGGUGCCGGCGACGGUCCCGGCCUCGGCGGUGACGGCUCUCAGAACGCUGCCGACAGCGGUACUGCCACGGCCAGCGUCACCGGAGGCACGGCUUCUCCCACUGGCACAUCCGGCUCCCAGGAGACCGAGUCCGACAGCGCUGCCGGCUCCAUCGCACACGGCCCUCUGGACACGACGCCUUUUGUCGUGUCUGGCUUGGCCCUCCUCUUCACCAUGUUUGGUACUCUUCUGCUCUAAGUGACUUGAGUCUCUUGUGGAUUUGGAAGGAUUUUCGUUCCCUUUUUUACUUUGAUAAUGGAGUGGCCAUGUCAACUCUGCGAUAGACGGGCAGGCCCUGGUGUACGGGUAUGAAUGGAAUGCGGUUGGCCGUAAUGUAAAGGCCGCCGAGUCUGGCUCUGCAAAGACUAGACAGGUACGGGAAGAAUGGUUUAUUCUUUACAGUCUAGGUUUUGGGGCCAUUGUUUAUAAGUGCACUGCCCCCCCUU